AUGUUCGUUCCUCAUGCGCUGUUGCUUCUCACAUAUAGCACCUUUGUCAGGACUCAUUCAGUCUCCAACCUUGGCGAAGAUAACUUUUUCAACCUUGUGCGUACAGACAACAUUGCUCUUGUGCUAUUUGUUGCUCCGAGUUGUGUGAAGUGCGACGAGAUUACUACUCAGUUGGAGCAGGCCUCAGACCUAUCCUCCAUGAUCAGCUUCACCAACUUGCCACUCGAACAGAUUUCAGUAGCUUCUCCACCAGAGUGCGAUCAUCUGAUCGACUUGUUCUAUCCGCUGGCUCGAAGAUUCAGCAGCGUCUUGGCCUUUGUUGCCGUCGAUUCAAACAGGUACCACCAGCAAGCGGCAAUACUCAAUCUCGCCGACCGCACCAAAUUGGGGUUCGUAAUUGAGAAUGUCACCUCAACUGAGAGAACUGCAUUGAAUGCCAGGUCGGUCAAUGUCGAAACCAUUACAGGAUUUGUCCAAGACUUUGUGGCUGGCAAGCUGAAACCCGAAGUCCGAUCUCAGCUCAUCCCGGCAAAACAACAAGGCCUCUGCGUCGAACUAGUUGGACAUACUUUCAGAGAAACAGCUUUUAAUGGCACUCGAGAUUCUGCUUCUCACUCAAUGGAGAUCGACUCUGAUCAGCACGCUAGGUCACAUGAUGUACUCGAAGAGCUCGCCGUGCACUAUCGCGAUAUCGGACUCAGUGACAACAUAUCCAUCGCCAAAAUCGACGUGAGCAGUAACGAUGUCCCUGAAUUGAUCACAAGUUACCCAACGCUGAAGCUAUACCCAGCUUGUAGGCACCCCCCGGUUACAUUUCAGGGCAACUAUCACGAGCCCAUUCCUCUAGUGACAUUGGUUUCUUUCACUCAAGAUCAUGGUAAGAAUCAGCAAGAGGUUAGGCCUUUACAGCACUCAGAUUCUUCAACAAUGUCUGAAGCCAUGACUCUACUAGAGGCAAGACAGGCUGUAUUGGCAAGUAAGAGCUCGAACAAAGCCAAUUUAGGCCAACAGCACACGAAGAACUAUAACAGAGACACGUUCAGAUUUUAG